AUGCUGUCGGUAUCCUCACCUCCAACGACGAAACGGUCUAAACCCCACGAUCACGACCAUGAGCCUCCCAAACCCAAACCUCGAGGUCCAUUCGUUAACGACGACUCCGAUUCCGAUGAAAGCGAAGGGCCUGCAGACUCUACCCGAAAGCGUCUAAGGACCGAGGAGCCACAAGAAUCUUCGAACACGACACGGCAAAUUCAAGAGCCUGUUAGCCUUAGCCAUAGACCGGUGUUCUCAAAUUCCAUUUUUAGCAGUUUUGUGCCACAGACAUUCACGGCAAAAACUUGCAAUGGCAAAGCCAAGACAAUUAAGGAACGCAAGACAACAUCCGCACCUACAUAUGAGGCAAUGGUUGCAGCUCGAUCAAAAACAAAAGAGGGACGAGCGGAGCGAAGCUAUUACGGUAUCGAUGUUCACAACUUGAUGAGUGCUGCAGCCGCCGAGAUCAAAAAUAAAGAGGAAGCCCCAAAAGAGCGCAAUGUCCCAGUACGAUCGAUCGAGCCCCAGGUCCCUGGAGGGAAAAGGCCCAAGAGGACUCUGUUAUGGACAGAAAAGUACAGAGCUCGCAACUUCAUGGAUCUGUGUGGUGAUGAUGCUACCAACCGGUUUGUUUUGCGGUGGUUGAAGAAGUGGGAUCCUGUGGUAUUUCCAGGAGAAUCAAAGUCACAACCAGCUGCAAGACGACCAGGCACUAAGCAACAAGAAGAGGAGGAGAAGCCUCACAGGAAAAUUCUUAUGCUCACAGGACCCCCAGGAUUGGGAAAGACCACAUUGGCGCAUGUCUGUGCUCGGCAGGCAGGGUACGAGGUUAUGGAGAUCAACGCUAGCGACGACCGAAGUCGUGAUGUCGUCAAGAAUCGUAUUCGAACAAGUCUGGGAACAGAAAGCGUCAAGACAGUCAGCAACCGAACAGAUGGUAAUGGGCCACAAAAAUUGGCCAAACCAGCUUGCGUUAUUGUCGAUGAAGUGGACGGUGUUGUCUCCGGCUCAGGUGGUUCAGGCGAAGGUGGCUUCGUGAAGGCACUGAUAGAUCUGGUGCUGUUGGACCAAAAGAAUGGGUCGGGCAAUGCAUCUUCCAAUAAUUACGGAAACAAGAAAAAAAAGAAGGGCGACGAUUUCAGACUCUUGCGCCCACUGAUUCUCAUUUGCAACGACGUAUAUGCCCCGGCACUUCGACCACUGCGGCAGUCAAACUUGGCAGAAAUCAUUCAUGUCGGCAAGCCCACCAUGGAAUCGGUUGUUGCCCGACUAAAAUCGGUCUUUGAGAAGGAAGGCAUUCCUUGCGACAAAGACGCUUCUCGAAAGCUCUGUGAAGCAGCUUGGGGCAUGACAAGCGGUAUCGAUGCAAAACGAGGAGCUGAGAGCACAGUGGAGGGCGAUCUCCGUGGUGUUAUGGUGGUUGGCGAAUGGGUCGCUGGGCGUUUCAGAGCAUCAGCAUUGAAUGGUACAGCCCGUCUGACUCGACAAUGGCUGGAAAGUAAUGUACUACAGGAUCUUACCAGUGGCGCCGGUGGUGCUCGUGGUCUAGGUCGAGGCGGUGUCAAAGACAUCGUUUCCAGACUUUUCCAAGAGGGAGGUGGCUUUCCGAAGCAAGCCAUGGACUUUUCACAAUCCAAAACGCAGCAUGAACAGCCACAGGCUGAGCUUGGCUUUGGAGAGUUCCAGAAAAAACAUGCCAUGGAAAGACUACGACAAAUGAUCGACACAAGCGGCGAAAUUAGCCAUAUCAUGACUGAGGUGUUCGCGGAAUAUCCCAAUCGUGACUACAACGAUGAUCUCUACCUCACAAAACCCUGCCAGGCAUACGAAUGGCUGCACUUUCAUGACACAUGCCAAUCUCGUCUUUAUGCCAGUCAAGAAUGGGAGCUAGCACAAUAUCUCAGUCAACCUGUACUGGCAUGCCAUCAUCUGUUCGCAUCUCCCAAACGAUAUAUUCCCAGUACGGGUUACGAUCGACGUUGGGGUGGUGAUGCGGAAGAUGAAGGUCCUCCGUUGCCUUUCUCUGGCCCUCGCGCUGACUAUCAAGCUCAUGAAGCAGAGCGUCAGAACAGGGCUCAACUUCAGGCAAUGCAGGCUCAACUUCCACCCACAUUAAUGCGCUCGUUCCGCAGUGCCGAAGAGGUCUCUGCAGAGUUUCUCCCAUACCUAGCGCGAAUCGUGUCCCCAGAUGUCAAGCCUGUAGUUGUGGGUGGAAGUCAAGGAUCCAUAGCUAGUGUGCGUAAAGACACGGAGCGGGCUAUGGUCAAGCGCGCCGCUGAGGUCCUUGCUGAAGUCGGCAUUGAGUUGCAGAAGGGAAGAAUUGAGAGUGAUUCACCGGUAGAUCGAAACCCACAAUACGUCUACCGCAUGGAACCGGAUAUCGAUAUGUUGGCUACAUUCGAGACUGGUGCAGCACUGCUCCUACCUUCCGCCGCCCCUACACGCUAUGCUGUUCGCCAAGUUCUUGAUCAGGAAUUGAAGCGAACGCUGAUAGAGCGAGAGGCUCUUGCUCGACAGGCUCGCUUCCAAGCGGGCAAUCUUCCUGGGCACGUUGAGAUGAUGAACACAGACAAACUUAUAAAUGCGAAGAAGCUUGCGCUUGCAGGCCCAGAGGAUGCUACGCUCAUUAAGCGCGAUUUCUUCGGCCGGGUUAUAGAGGCGCGACCCCUUGCUGAAAUCACUGGAAGUAAUCCACAGCAAAAAGCGAAGCAAGAAAAGGAGCGCAAGGUGUGGGUGACAUACCAUGAAGGAUUGAAUAACGCUGUGAGGAAACCUAUGUCCCUGCAAGAGUUCUCCAGGGGUCUGUAA